UAACCCCCGCUCCCUCCGGCUGACCCGGCCGCCCCCGCCCCUCUGGGAGCCCUCGCGGGCCCACCUGGCCCGGGAGCAGCGCCAGCCCCGCAUCCCCUUCCCCGUGCUCGGGGAGACCCUCCCGUCCCUCGCCCGUCCUCAUGCGCGGAGCGACCCUCCCGCCCCUCGCCGCGCCGAGAUGCUGCCGAGGGGCAGAGCGAGGGCACCGCACCGGAGCUGCUCUGCCCCGGCCCGGCCCGUUCCGUUCCUUCCCCGGCCAUCCCACACUCACCGCUGCCGGCGGAGAUCGCGGCGGUACCGGCGGCGGUACCGGCUGCUAAAAUGGCUGAGGGCGCGGGGGAGGAGCGAGCCCCGCUCGCCACCGCCAGUGCCGCCCAAUCCACCCGCCGCCGCCGUGACGCGCGGGGAAGGGGCGGGGGCGGCCGGGCCGGGCCCCGCCGGGCGGGGGUCGCGGGGCCCCGGUCCUGGUCGGUGCUCCGGAGAUGUCCCGGGGUGUCUCGGGGUGUCCCCGGUUCGCAGGCGGGUGGAAGGGGUUUCACGGACACCAGGCCGCGGGCCCCUGACCCGCUGCGGGGCCUGUUGGUGUGGUGUAAAGCUCCCAGGAGCCGAGGGGCUCUCGGGCCUACGGGCACGUGGCAGAACAAACCCCCGUCCUCACCCGGAGCCUCGGGCACAGCCCCUGCGCUCCCGAGCGGGCUCCGGCCGCGAGCAGCAAGGCCCCCGGUCCGGAUCUUUCAGGCUGGAACAGACAGCUCAGAGUUGUAUUUCUGCUAUUUCUCAAUAAACUUAGAGCACAUCAUUAAAAAGAAAUCAAAAGCUGAAGCACUUUGGACCUACACUUUAACUCUGCGAUCGGGACUAACGCACUUCUUUCCACUCCACAUCUUUUUAAACCAACUCUCUGGUUUUAAAAGAAAACACAACAAAACCAACCUAGCAGUCAGUCAUACACAUUUGGUGUCACAAAGGAUUACUGAUCUCUCCCAAGAAGUGCAUUCCAAGGAGGAAUUUCAAGCAGGGGGAACUGAAGGAUGGCUGUGAAUAAAAUGUGGCAUUUUAAGAGAAGGGGCUGCUUCCAAACAUAUGAUUUGUUUUGUUCUUUGAUGGUUUUUGUUCAGCUAGUUCCACUCCCCCCUUAGACUUAUACAUGAAA